GACCCCAUGAGGAGUUUGAAUCCUCUGAGACCAAACAUACCCUUGACUUCCUCCAUAAAUUCAGAGGAGGGACAAAUCCGUAAUUGGGCAUUAUUUUUCUUCAAAAUCCAAUAACCUCCGCAUUUCUCUCCAGAAAUUCCCUCCACUUGUCUCUGCUUCCACCCGCAAAAUCCAACUAGCCAAAUUCCUAACCAACUUACCAGGCCAGAACUCCAGAAAUGGAUAGGCAUGAUGCUGAAGAUCCAAAGCAGAGCACUGCUGAUAUGACAGCUUUUGUGCAAAAUCUACUUCAGCAAAUGCAAUCCAGGUUCCAGGCAAUGUCGGAUUCCAUCAUUACAAAGAUCAAUGAAAUGGGCAGCCGGAUAGAUGAGUUGGAGCAAAGCGUCAACGAUCUCAGAUCUGAGAUGGGGGUAGAGGGCUCUCCAUCUCCUUCAGCCCCUCCCAAAGUGAAAGAAGAUCCCAAGUCAGGCACUGAUUCAACCUCAGUUUAGCAACGAUAUGUGGUGAUUUAAACAAAUAGUUCUUCUAGAGAGAGAUUACUUUUCGUUUUUGCUAAUUUUGAUUUAAAGCCUAUCAUCUGCUAGAGCUAUGUAUUUGAUAGGCUAUAUUGAGUGUCCAGUUUGAUUUCUAUAUCUUUGUUCUCUCUCCCUUUUUCUUUUUCCUAGUUCAUUCUGAAUGUCUACACUAACACCGUGAAUGAAUGAAGUUCAUGGCUUUUGGGGUUGUUA